AUCAAUCAGACAAGCAGAAACAUCGCUGAGCUGGUUGCACACAGACACACACAAAACCUUGCGUUGGAAACCAUCGCCGUCGCAUCAAACGAGCCAAGAAAGAAGAAACCAAGCAAGCGUCGUUUCGCAAGAAGCCGGAGAGCUAGGUAGCCAUGGUGAAGACGGCGGCGAGCAAUGACGCCACGGCGGCGGCGGUGGCGAAGCACGGUGGCAAGAGGACGUACAAGGGCGUGCGGAUGCGGAGCUGGGGCUCGUGGGUGUCGGAGGUCCGGGCGCCGGGACAGAAGACGAGGAUAUGGCUCGGCUCCCACUCCACCGCCGAGGCCGCGGCGCGCGCAUACGACGCCGCGCUGCUCUGCCUCAAGGGCUCCGCGGCCGCCGCCGACCUCAACUUCCCCGUGCGCCUCCCGUUCAACCUCCCGGCCGCCGCCAUGUCGCCCAAGGCCAUCCAGCGCGUCGCCGCCGUGGCCGCCGCCAGCGCCGGCACGACCUUCUCGCCCUGCGUCGUCGACAAUGACGACAACAGCUGCAGCGACGACACUCCGGCGUCGAGCAGUUCGCCGAGCGAUGCCUCGGCGGUCAGCUCCCCGGAGACAGGCAGCAGUGAGACGGAGGCGGCCCACUACGGCGACGGCGACGUGGACUACAGCUUGCUAGCGGACAUCGACGCGUUCUUCCAGUCGCCCAAGUGCAUGGAGUACGCCAUGAUGAACCCCUGCAGCUCGUUCUUCGCGCCGGCGCUGAUGGCGAUGGACGACGACGCCUGCUGGGAGGAGGAAGGCGACAUUGGACUCUGGAGCUUCUCCACUCUGGACUGCUGAAGUGGCGUCAGAGGACGACGAAGCAAUUUAGUGACAGACUAAUCGGUGAAGUGAUCAAAACUGGUCAUGGAUCGCACUUGGCACGAUAGGUAUAGUUAAUUUCACAUAUAUGAUAAUUUUAAUUCGAUGUAAACAUUUGUAAUAAUAAGCUAAUUAGGCAUUGUGUGUGUGGGGUGGGGGGCUUUCAUGGAGCUGCAUGUUUUAAGGCAGCUUGCCAGCUUCCAUGGAGUUAGCCUCCUUACAAUUGCUUGUUUAUGUGUAAAAGCAGCUUUGCAAGUGCAAUUGCUCAGUUCAUUAGGA